GGGAAUACUUAGAGGAGGGGAGACAGCUGAGAAUACUUGAAAGCUGUCCCUUUCAGAGAGCACCUGUAGUUGCUGCUCUAGUCCAGUUGGACCUAUCGCUCUCAAAAUCGACUAGCUCUCCAGGGGGUAUCGGAGACAUCAAUACCAAACUAAAAUGGCUUUCCUCACUGUGGCCUUUACAGUGUUAUGCCUAUCAGUCCGGAGUGUGCUGGGACAAAAACGUUUCACAAUUCUUGGGUCUGCAUUUAUGGACCCCCCUCUUGAGUUCUGACCACAGGUUUUUAAUGGGACUUAAGUCGGGAGACUGAGAAGGCCAUUGCAGAGCAUGGAUUUUGUUUUCACUUAACCAUUCCUGCAUGGUUUUGAUAUAUGUUUGGAGUCUUUGUCCUACCUACGACCAAGUCUCAGCUUCCCAAGAGAGACGACCAGAUUUUCAACCAAAAUUGAUCGUAAAUAUUGCCCCUGGACUACUGACAGCAAAAUGUCUACAAAACAUUAAUGACCCUCUUCCAUAUUUGACAGAAUUGCCGAAUAUAUGCCUGACUCAAUGGAAAAAGUUGCCACUCCAGUCGUCACUCCUUCCAAACUUGUAGGGAACAUCACUGCCAACACUGCCAUACUGCUAUCUCCACUGUGUUACUUUGAAAAUGUAAACUGCACGUUGGAUACCUGCGUCAUAUAUCUUGUUCCAGCAAUAAACUCAGGAGUGCAAAACUUUGAUAAGGACAAGACCAGUUCCAAUAUUCUCAGUUUAUCACCUUACCCAAUCGCCUUCUCCAACCAACGCUCAAAAAACUACUUCCUGACCAAGGUAGGCCCUCUGGAAAACUUCAAAUGUAAGAAUGUCUCUGCAACUAAAGAUUUCAGAGUGGGAUCAGAUGGAAAUUGUUCGGAUCCCAACUGCAAUGGAGUAUUGCCUACUGGAUCAAAUGUCAGCUUUAAAUACAUCGUAGUCAAGGACAGCCUCCCAAAUGUUACAAUUCUUCAGGAGUCUGGUUGGUCCAACCCCAUCAGCCUUGUUUCUCCCAAAUCAUUUGUUUCCAUUAACGAUGACCUUGCUGAGAGAUCUCCUUCCAUGAUUGCUAUCACUGUCAUACUAAGCAUUAUACUGUUCCUGCUACUGCUGAUGCUGAUCCUGGCUCUGGUUUAUGGGCACAUUCAUGAAUCUGAGCCAAUGCCAGUCCUCGGAUCCCUGAGAGUCCAAAAGUACAACACCCACCACUUGAGGGACCCCAUUCCACACGUGAACGUGUCUUUUGAAGGAGACCUGAAGAAGAAUGCCAAUGUGCUGCCAAAUUUGUCCAGUGCUGUGGAUAAUGUGGACCCGCAAAACACUUUGACGUUGAGGCGCUUCAGGAAUUAUGAACUCUACGAAGGCGACAGCUAGACUGCUUAGACCAUGUGCCUUGCAAGGCAAAUAAAUCAGCCCUAGAGAGACCAUUAGUGUUACUUACCAUUUCUAAAGGCUAUGACAGGCAACAACAUCCAAACUACAGACUACAAACUACAAACUCCUGCAGGUUUCGUGUUCCAGUCUAAACAUUUUGGAGUAUUUUGAAUACAUUCAGGUAUUCAUGUCAACGACUGCUAAAGUUUGUUGCAAAUAUAUAACUUUUAGACAAACACACAUAUUGGGUAUUUCCAGCAUUCCAUUACUGGGACUGUUCAGCUUUGGUAUAUGCCAUGUGUGUUUUGUUAAUGUAUUGCCAGUGCAUCAUUUACCCAGACUAGCUUGAGUCUGGUAGUGUUUGAAACUAAGUUCAUUUUAAUGUUCUUUGCUGAUGUGGGUAAUUAUCUGUACCUUAUGUUAGUCAGAAUUUUACCUACAUGAGGCGACAACACACCCCAUGAUUUCAAGUUUCUAUGAUUGUUUAAAACUUUAUUAGAGCAUGGGUGCCCAAUCUUAUCCAAAAAUUGGUGCAGUUUUUCUUAGCCCAGCAUUAAGACAUCUGAUUCCAUUCUAUUCUAUUUAGCAAGGUCUUGAUUGAAGACCAUGGUUAGCAAAUGAAUGGAAUCAGGUAGUAUACUGCUAGGCUAAAACAAAAACCAGUAAACAAACAUGCAGAUUUGCCGUAAAUUAAACAUUUUAUUCACAUCUAUUAUUAUUAUUAUUAUUAUUAUUAUUAUUAUUGGGUUCAAAAUAAUUGUUAAAUAAGUGCUUGCAGCUUAUUUUAUGUCAUCUGACACAUAGUAUUCAUUACGGAUUAUUACAUUCCAGACAGUAAUAUACAGAUUCUAUUAGCAACUUCCUCUUGGACUGUACAGUUCUCAUGCCUUUAUAUCGUAUUUAACAUUGUGCACAUUUCAGACAAAAGUGCAUUACACUAUCAGUUGUAGCUACACAAUGCAAAUAAAUACCGUUCUCUUUA